AUUUGUUCUUACGCUUUCCGGCCAGUGGACUAGAAUGUUUUGUGUAUUGGUGUUUCGUGCAUAAUAUCCUUUUCCUUCCACAAAACGGCGGGACCUAUUAGCUGUGAACAACUUAAAGGACCUACCACUUAACAGAACUGGCUAGACAGUCAGACCUGCCGCGCUGCCUUCUAAUUUCCUCAAAGACAGGGGAUUAAGCUUUGUUGUGCAUUGAAUGGAAAUUGUUUUCCACCCCGCGUUUGCUUCCGUGUUUUAAGCGUUAUCUUUAUCAGUUCAGUACCAAAUACAAAAAAAAACAAACCGUCGCAGUGUUGCAGCUGCAUUCACGCAAAUACGCGUGCAACAGUGUGUGAUAAUCAGUGUGUGCUUUCCGUUUUUUGAUUUUAUUUGCGUUUGGGCUUCGGUUUUUUGCGUACUCAGCCGCCAUCAGUUGCUUUUACCUUUCAGUGUAUCAGGAAAAAAGAAAAGCAACAAAAAAAAUCAGAUAAAAUGGCCACAUACGCCGCAUUCAAGCACGUCGAGCUGUACAAUGUUGGAAACACGAAGAAAAGAGUUCUGAAACCACCAGGCGGUGGCAGCAGCGAUCUAUUCGGUGCGGAUCAACUUGGACCCAAUACGCCACGCACCAUGAGCAAGAACCGGAUGCAGUCGAACAUUUUUGCGGCCCCAUCGGAUGCCCACAAAAAUGUCUUUCGGCAAGGAGCUCAUCGAUACUAUUUUCUUGGUUCGGAAACUCCACGCCGUACCGGUGCUGGGCAAGAUUCGCACAAUCGUCUGUUCGGCGAAUUGAACCGUCCGUUCACACCGGCCAAGAAUCACAUGAAGAGCAACCUGCCGAUCGGUAACCCGGCCGGUGGUGAUCAUACCGAUGGUGGCAAGCCGCACCAGAACGGCAAAUCGAACGGAGUUGCCCACCAGAACGGUAACGGCACGGCCAAUGGACAUCACACCAAUGGACACAGCAAUGGCAAUGGACACAUCUCGUCGGCUUCCUCGGAUAAUGGUUCCAGCCACAUUUUCCUGAGGAGAUUAAGUAAUGAAGAUGACGCAUCACCGGAUUCAGCUUACUCGUCCACACGAUCACAACAUACGCAGCAGCAGCAACAAAACGUCCAAUCGAUGGCGGGCCCUGGUGGCAUAUGGGCUCCGUUUGAUUCGGCAGCCGGCAUGAUGCCACCGCUCUCACCCAGACGCCAGCUGCAGUUCUAUCCGAGUGGCGAAACGCUGAAUCCGACCUAUGCAUCGAACAUUAAUCUCUGCAUCAGUGACGACAUCAUCAUCAGUGUGACCGAACACGACGAUGCGGUUGUACCGUACGGACUAAACAGCAACAAUGGCAAAGCAUCGCCAAGGUCACCACGCUCGCCACGGUUUGCGCAACGGAACCCAGUUACCGGCAACGGAGUCGAAGAUUACGCCGACAAACCACGGAAGCUUAGCUCGAGACGUGGAGCAGGAGACGGCAACCCGGUAACUGGUGAAGGAUACAGCAAAUCGAACGGUGCAGCUGAAAUCAACACAACGGUGCCAUCGCUGAACGGAGGUGGCCAUGUUAUCAAUAAGAAUCGCAUUCCGCCCGGUGGAUUCUCGUCCGGUCUGUGGUAAAGGGAGACCACUCUGCAGCUUGUUGUGUCGUCGCAGAACAGCAGUGGACCGGCAACAACACAUCCAAUCGCAAUCCGUUCAGUAACAAAUCAAAGAAACUCCGAUCACACCGAUACGUCCUCGCUGCUCUGUGGUGGCACAUUAACACACCAUCCGUAAGGUGCGGGGAAAGAUUUUCACACAGCAAAUCCAUCCGAUAAUCAGAGCAGUAACAAAAAGAAGCAACCAACAGAUGAGCAAAGUCACGGGGAAUAUAGCAUGAUGUGAUCAAUGAAAACGAACGCGCACUGUACGAUCGCGGUACAGAUAUCGGAUGGGAUAACCCAACUUGUCGCGUAACCGACAACGUUUGUCGUAGGAAACAAAAAUGGUAAUAGAAUCUUGUUCGGUCUAAAAAAAUAAAGUAAGCGUAAUUGAGAUGAUGGUAUA